GCCGUGGCCGCGGCGCCGCCCCUUCCGUGAGGGCGGCGAGGCGGAGGAGGAGCGGCAAGAUGGCGGCGGCGGCCGUGCUGGAGCUGCAGCGCGCGCAGUCCCUGCUCUCCACCGACCGCGAGGCCUCCAUCGGCAUCCUGCACUCCAUCGUGAAACGUGAUGUCCAGGAGAACGAUGAGGAAGCAGUGCAAGUCAAGGAGCAGAGCAUCCUGGAGCUGGGAUCGCUGCUGGCCAAGACUGGGCAGGCAGAAGAGCUGGGAGGACUCCUCAAGUACGUCCGGCCCUUCUUGAACUCCAUCAGCAAAGCCAAGGCCGCCCGUUUAGUCCGGUCCCUGCUCGACCUGUUCCUUGACAUGGAGGCAGCCACAGGACAGGAGGUGGACCUGUGUUUAGAGUGCAUUGAAUGGGCCAAAUCAGAGAAGAGGACUUUCCUACGCCAGGCUCUGGAGGCCAGGCUGGUCUCUCUCUACUUCGACACCAAGAGGUACCAAGAAGCUUUGCAGCUAGGCUCCCAGCUCCUUCGGGAAUUGAAGAAGAUGGAUGACAAAGCACUGCUGGUGGAAGUGCAGCUGUUAGAGAGCAAGACUUACCAUGCCCUGAGCAACCUGCCAAAAGCAAGAGCAGCCUUAACCUCGGCACGGACCACGGCCAACGCCAUCUACUGUCCCCCCAAGCUGCAGGCAGCGCUGGACAUGCAGUCAGGUAUUAUCCAUGCAGCAGAAGAGAAGGACUGGAAAACGGCCUAUUCAUAUUUCUACGAGGCAUUUGAGGGAAAUGAUUCAAUUGACAACCCAAAAGCCAUCACUGCUCUGAAGUACAUGUUGCUGUGCAAAAUCAUGCUGAACAGCCCAGAAGAUGUGCAAGCAUUAGUGAGUGGGAAGCUUGCUCUGCGGUAUGCAGGAAGACAGACAGAAGCACUAAAAUGUGUGGCCCAGGCCAGCAAGAACCGGUCGCUGGCAGAUUUUGAAAAGGCCCUGACAGACUAUAAGGUGGAGCUCAGGGACGACCCCAUCAUAAACACUCACUUGGCCAAGCUCUAUGAUAAUUUAUUGGAACAGAACCUGAUCAGAGUCAUUGAACCCUUCUCCAGAGUACAGAUUGAACACAUAUCCAGCCUCAUCAAGCUCUCAAAGGCUGAGGUAGAAAGGAAACUGUCACAGAUGAUCCUGGACAAGAAGUUUCAUGGAAUCCUCGACCAGGGCGAGGGUGUCCUGAUCAUCUUCGACGAACCCCCCGUAGACAAAACUUACGAGGCCGCCCUCGAGACGAUUCAGAACAUGAGCAAAGUAGUGGAUUCGCUCUACAACAAAGCCAAGAAGUUGACAUAGAGUUGAAUUUGCUAGCUGUCAUUUGGAGAGUGUGUGUGACAAGGAGAGUGAAACCUUUGGGAAAAUGUUAGGAGACUUUUUUUUUUUUGUUUUAUUUUCUUUCUUUUUUCUUUCUUUUUUUUUUUCUUGUUUUUUUUGUUUUGUUUUGUUUUCUUUCUUCUUUGUUCUACUUUUCGCUGGGAAAGUUUUUAAACUUCCUCAUCCGGUGCAUCUUGUAUUCCAGACGAUGCGUGUUCCAGUUUCCAUGUAAUCUUUACUGGCCGAACUUUGUAUCUUGGGGCGGGGGGGGGUGGGGAAAUAUUGUUUAAACAAAGAGGGUAUUCUAAAUAAAAGGAAAAAGGCUUACACUACCUAAACAUGUGCUUUCCACUUCCUGAGGGAUGGCAGAGUUCAGCAGGGACAGCGUUUUGUUACCAGUAGGUGCCCACAUCCGGUUUGUUUCCUCCUCUCCUCCCUGAAACUGGAGCUGUGCCGGUGGAGCACGAGCAGCCAACCCGAUUCCAUUUGUACUGAACCAAACCAACCCAAAAUGUACAGACUGCUGGUUUAUUUUUCAAGCCUCAAAGGCCUCAGCCCCCACCCUGGGAAGCAGCUCCGUGGAGGUUUCCCUGCAGGACGGAGCUGUCGGGGUCCCGGCCCCGCUCUGGGCGGAGGGGCCGGCGCAGGUUCCCCUGAGCCUGACUUUGCAUGCUCUUGUUUGCAGAUAGACUAGGUUUUAAAUGUUUUCUCCCUCCCCACCUGCACUGGUAGGAAGAGCAGGUGACCCUGACUGUCCAUAUUUACUCUGCUGCAUCAGUGUUUGAUUUUUGUUCCCCAUCUGAUGUGGGACAGCUUGGCCCUCUGGAAUAGCCCAGUGCAGCUCGCUGGGAGCUUCCUCCUUAGUCCCAAAGUCAUGUGGGGGGUGGAGCACGGUGUAUUCCAGCAUGUUCCAUUUUCUGGUGAGGUUUCCAGUAGGUUUUAAUGCCAUUUGGGCAGUGUAAGCUUCUGCAUCUCUGUCCUGCUCAUCUUUAUUUCUCCUUUCCCCUCUGCCUCUUUUUCCCUCUCCGCGUUUUUCUUACAAAAUUUAUAUUUUGUAAAAGGAUUCUGUUUUAUCAGGAAAUACUCUGCCUUCACGCUGACUCUUAGACUGGCUGAUUUUUCCCCUUUUCUGUUCACAUUUUGACCUCUCUGACCUUAUAUUUUAUUUUAUUUUAUUAUUCUUAAUUUCCAUCUCCUCCAGUCAGUCGCUGUUUGGGUUUUUGGCACCAUCAAUAUCAAAUGUACAAACGGUUCUUGCUAACCAACACCAGGUAUAUCUGAUGUUCAGAUGAGUUCCAAUAAAGAAUUUUUUUUUCAAAA